GAAGGUUUCACUAAGCAUGUUUAGCUUAAAUUAUCAUUUUCUAGACACCAAAAAUUCAUUCAGAUUUAAAUUAUAAUAUGGAUGCCAUAAAGGAGCCGGACGAGUUAAAAAAGAAAGUGGAUGAAUGCCAUGGCGUAGUGGAAGUCACAUAUCCGAUUGAGGUAAAGUACUGCGGAAACUGCUCCAUGCCCAUCGAGUACUGUGAAUACUACGCCGAGUACGAUAAAUGCAAGGAAUGGCUGGCCAAGAACUAUCCGGAAGACUAUGAAAAACUUAUGCUAAGAGAAGCCGAGGCGGAUGCAGGCGCAGCUGCUGGUGGCAUGGAUUCCGAUAGGAAGCGCCAGAAGCGGGGCGGGAAGGGCAUGCUGCGUGUAAAGAAGGACAACGAGGACGACAAUGAACCGAAGCGUGUUCGACUCUCCUGCUCCACGCGCGGCAAGAACAAGCGAGUGACCCUUGUGGCCGGGCUGGCUGCAUUCAAAAUCGAUUUGCGAGCGGCAGCCAAAUUCUUUGGUACCAAAUUCGCGUGCGGCUCAUCAGUGAGCGGGGACAAGGAGAUUGUCAUCCAGGGUGAUGUAAAGGAUGAUUUGCUUAAGGUCAUACCCGACAAGUGGCCAGAGGUGACAAGGGAUGCCAUCGAGGAUUGUGGCGAGAGCAAAAAGUGAGGGCAAACAUGGAAUGAAAAACAAAACGAAAAUUUCACACGAAUUCGAGUAAAGAUAGCAGCAUCAUAAGGGAUUUAAUUUGUUAUAACUCAGUUUACAAAUAAACGCAAUUAAGCACUAGACUCUA